AUGGAUGGUGCAUUUCUCAUAUAUAACCCUAUCACUGGAGAAACAUCAGCUUGGGUUGAAAUCAAUAGAAAACCGGGGAAACGUAACCACCUUGCGUUUGGAUUCGAUCCACAGAGUGAUGAACAUAAAGUCAUCUGGAUAUCAGGUUCGGUUGAGUACCAUUUCCGUGAAAGCAUACUAGAAAGACCUAAAGAUCAAGUGGUUGAAGUCUUUACUGUUGGGAAAAAUACAUGGAGAAGAAUCGAUGCAACUCCACCCAUUUCUAUAACUUAUGAAGAUUCUUUUUAUGUAGAUGGUUGCUUAUAUUGGCGGUUUCGGGAAACUGAACAUGGUGAACUAGAACAAAUAAUGAGAUUUGACAUUGUAACUGAAAAGUUCAGAGUUAUUCCGAUUCCUGGUUUCGUCAUUCAUACCAAGGAAUAUAAGUGGUCACAAACAGUUGAUCUGACAGAAAUUGAUGGGCGCAUAGCUGUGUUAACUCAAACUUCUCUAUGGACAUUUCAUGAAGAAGUAGAUGGCGACAUUAGGUGGACUGAAGAGAAAAUCAAUAUACCUUGCGACUGGAAUGGGAAACCUGAACUUUCAAUUGAAGCUCUUACAGGGACAAAUCUAAUUCUCCUACGAACAGAAUGGUCAGACAGCAUUUUUUAUUUCAAUCGGAACACCAAGGAGUCUAUAAGGUUUCCGAUCUCGCCUGAUUGCUCAUCAUGGGAUUGGGAUAGGAUAGGACAAGUGUAG